AUAAAAGUUUGAUUGAAGCCAACUGGUUUAUUUUUACUACAUUUAGGUUUACAACUAAGGUAUUCUAAACCACAUAUUUAUGGAUUUCGGCUCUCGCAGAAUCUUAGGGAUAUUGCUCCAGAAAUGGUGAAGUUGGUGGAAUCAAAGCUUAUCAAGCAACCUCCAUGGACCAGUCAAAAAACAUCAGGAGUUGCAAGGGAACUGAAUUCAUUCAUUUCAAUAAGCAUGAUAAAUUUGGCAAAGAUUUGUACAUGGCUCUGGUAGCUCCUGGAUUGAACACAAGUCUUUACGUGGAGACAUGGAGAAAAGGAAGGGGUGAAAUCUUGUAUUCUGAAUGUGGAGCCAAAUAUUCUGUGUUGAAUGUUGAGAAAGUAUCAUGCACAAACAAAACUAGUCAGUCAAGCAUAACAUUUACAUUUGAAGAAGAUCACAGCAAAUGGGCUAUUUCAUCAGUGCCAGCAGAAUCCUGGGUUUGUGUUGGAGACAUUAAUCGAAUGAAAUCCCAGUUUAAGAGAGGUGGUGGUACAUUAUGUUUGAAGGACAAGUUUGUUUUUCAAACAUUUUCUUCUUUUGUUAGUAAGUAUGAGAAAUGUCAACCACAUCAACAACAUGAACUGUGAUGAUAACAGUCUUCUCUGUAUGACAUUAACUGUGGUAUUUCUACUAUUAGUGUUUUUAAGUCACAUGUAAAGUGUUUGUUAAUUUUAGUCUAUAUACACCAAGGGUAUUGAUGACCUCAGUGUUAGAUUGUUUACUUGUUUACUUUAGGUGUAGUACCACUUUCUCAGAUAUUAGUAAAAUAUUUGUUUUUGGAUACUUGAAUCUGUUAUGCUUCAAAUUUUUGUGAACUUUUUUUGCCUUUUAUCGGAACUUGAAACAUUGCCUGCUGAAAGAAGUAGGGUGAAAACAACCAAUAAAAAACUCCAGGCUUGUGGUGUCUGCUAUAUGAAGUCACACUAAACAGUCUUUGAUAAUAUAUAAAAAAAUGCUAAUCCUAACACUUAAGUUAGUCAUAUACAUAUAUGUUACAAACUAAUGAUACUUUUAACACUAAGCUACAUUAUGAUCAGAUUUGUAAGAAACUGAUGAUAAACAGAAAAGAUGAUAAUUUUAUUACUAAACUAAGAAUCAUGUAUGGUUUUUAAACAUAUACACAAAAGAUACUAUUUUAAUACUUUAAUAGAGUAUACAUAUUUUAAAUAACAGGUGCUUUUUGAUGAUUGGCCAGUUUUAAAUUUUUUAUUCAGUGGACUUUGUCUUUUUACAAUAUUUUUUGAUGUCGUAAUUGAUGUUUUUAAAUAGUCAUGUUUUACAAGCAUGUUUAUUCAAGAUUUUAGAUGAUGUUUUAGUGAUUUUAAAAAUAAGUAAUGUGCUUUGUAAGUUUAUUGAACUUACUUCUAGUAUUAGUAUUUUUGUUGCAGUUUUUGUGAUCAGAACCUUUUUUUCUAAAGAUAACUUCUAGUAGUUAGAUGUCCAUAUUAACAUCUUCAUCUUAAUUAUGUAUUUGUUGUAUAUCCUGAUUCAUAUAAACCUCUUAUAAUUUUGUUACAUUUGAAAAUGUAAAGCUGUAUAAUAAAACAUAGAAAUAGCA